CGCGUCCGUCUUCCCGUCCACUUGGCCCCAGUGUUUUGUUUAUGCAACCAAUUCCAGAGCCACAAACAUUUCUUGUUUGCUUUUCUCAUCGACGGCAGCUGCGAACAGCUCAAUUCCCCAUUCUUUGCUCUCGAUUCUGGAUUCUCGGCUUCUCGACUUCUCGGCGGCUGUCAAGCGAGUUCAAUGAUACCAAGUGACACUUGCAAUUGCGAUCGCAUCUAAUUGGCUCCUCGGCCAGUGAAUCAAAAGUCAGUUUGAGAAUCAGCCUACAGUUGAGUCAACAGGCAGAGUGUUCUGGUUUUUGGGCUCCAACGCCAUCUGUUGCCACAUCGGGAGACAAUGUGCUAUCUUAUCUUGGAAUUAUCUACCCGAAGCUACGAAAUACAGUCCAACAUCUAUAAGACGAAUAAUAUUUUGCCAACCGUUUUGACUAGAUUCCAUUUGGGUCAACUAAAGAAUCAUUUUAUAUAUAGCAUUGAGAAUUUUUGAAAGAAUGGAAUAAAAAAGGUACAACUUAAUCCAUUUUAAGAACACAGAUGUCAACAAAAUGAGUGUACUAUAACAAAAACUUACAAGGAUUAUAAAGAAGUUCGGCUUAUGGAUGAUGGACUGUAUUUGUUUCGAUUGUUUGAAGAGUAAUUGCAGUUUAGUCAGAUGGGGUUUGACUUUAGGAAAUUAGCUGACGAAGAAAGUAAAAAAUCUACUGUGACGACCUUGCGGAGAGGCAACUGCAGAGAAGCGAAAAGUGGAAGAAAGUGGUUGAAUGGGAGAGUCCAAAAACCGUAGACCCCAUUCGAUGACUCAAUUAGAAUUCACUUUUACUUAAAAGAUCGUUUCGAUAAAACACCUCAGAGUGGGGAGCUUUGGAGAGCCGAGAAUCCGAGAAAUAGAGAGCCCCAAUCGCAUUGAGAAUCGGAGAGAGAGAGUUUGUUUCUCUCUCCGCCGAUGUCUAAUCAAAACAAAUAAUGCCAACAGUCCACGGCGGCUUGAAUCAUUAAUUGAGUUCUAUAUUCCGGAGCAAGCAGUCUGGAUCGCUCAGUGCUGCGGAAAAAUAAUUAAAAUUAAUAUUACAGAUAAUAUUACAGAAAAGCGAAAAAUAAAACUUGAAAAGUGCACAUCAAAGAAACACAACCGGAAAAGAUAAAGUUACUAACAGAAAUCGAAAUUGUUUAAAGCUAAAUAAACAAAACACCUGAAGGAAAAACCGAAUCGAUACUAUAAUGAAGUACAAAUUUCUGCUGUUGCUUCUGGCGGAAACAGUAUUCCUUUUGGCCAGUGGAGUUCUGGGCCAGCAUGAGGACAUUCCUUAUCAGCCGGUGACCAAUAUCUGCCAAACAUGUGUGUGCCUGGGCCGGACGGAUAGUGACCACCACAUGCACUUCAACCUGGACUGUUCGGUGAAGAAUUUCGAGCACAUCCUGGCCCGCUGGCCGCAGGAGUUCAGGAGUCCGGAGAUUUCGGCUGGAGCCCCUUUUGAGAUCGUGGUCUCCUACUCGGGCAACAGGAUCAAGUUGCUCCAACAGCUGCCGGCCACAAAUGCCAGCCUAACCCUCUCCUGCCGACACUGCGGAUUGCAGGAGCUGCAGGCUCCCCUCUUCAUGGAUGUGCCGAAUGUGGAGGCUCUCUUCCUCAGCUGGAAUGAGUUAUCCAGCGACGCCCUGAGUCCCGAGCUCUUCAGAGGUCCUUUCCGCAACACUCGCUACGAACCGAUUGGCUUGCGGGAUCUGGACUUGAGUCACAACCGAAUAGCUCGACUGGAUCGCAAGCUUUUCGAGCACACUCCAAACUUGACCAAGUUGAAUUUGUCCUACAAUAAACUAAGUGUCCUGGAUGAAGCCACCGCAGCGGCAAUUGGAUCAGUGACUACCCUCCAGCGAUUGGAGUUAGCUCACAAUGGCUUGAUGUCCUUGCCAGCGGGCCUUUUUACAAAUUUAAAAAGAAUUCGUAUAUUGGAUAUCUCAGGAAAUGACUUCACCGUGAUUCCUCCAACUCUUCUGCAGCUCGGAAAAUCUUUGGUUUUACUAAGUCUGGCAGAGAAUCCCUUUGCCAGCUUAAAGGGGAAUAGUUUCCAGGGCUUGGUUUCUCUGAAGCGUCUAAACAUUAGUGCCAUGUCAUCUUUGCGAAGCUUGGAAACGGGUGCCUUGCAUUUGCCUGCUUUGGAGCAGCUGGAGUGCUCCAGGAAUCCCAAACUAGAGCGCUUGGAGUUGGCCGAUCUUCUGGUUAGUCGGAAUCUAACCCAACUGGACUUAUCCAGGAAUGCUUUGAGCACGUUGGUUUUGAAUAUCACCAGUAUUACCAACAACAAUCCGAAUAUUUGGCCACGUCUUCGCCGCUUGAGCAUCGCCAAAAAUCCCUGGUAUUGCAGUUGCGAGCUCUUCAAAGCUUUGGAGAUGGCUGGAAUCACGCACAUCGAACGGGAGGCAGAUGGAACCGAAGCCCGUUGCGAAACCCCAUACCUUCUGGCUGGAACACCGCUCUCGAAUUUGACAGCCGAACGGAUCUGCAGCAUGGUGAUACCAAAGAAGUACCGAGAGGUCGAUGAGGAGCCACCGCGAUUCCUGCGACGUCGCUAUAUCAUACUUACUGCCAUCAUAGCCAGUGUGGUCCUGGUGAUCGGUCUGGUGAUCGGCUUCAUUGUGGCUUGUGUGCGCCGGCGGCUCAAGGGCAGCGAUUACGGAGUACAACCCAUUCGGUACACCAGCGUCAGGGGCAGCAACCUGUCGCAGUUCUCGCAACUGCAACCCGCCUCGGUGGCCAGUAAGUUCAACAACGUUCACGCCGGAAGCAGCAGUGGCACCACCACGGGUGCUGCCAAUGCCUAGAUGCGGCAUUCACAUCCUAAUUCGGUUCCAAGUCCGAGCUAGCUGCACAAGUUUCGAGCCAAAGAUGUCCACGACAGUGUUGCGAUCCCAACCGAAAUAGACUUCCUGUGCGUGCUAUCCUGUGUAUAUAUGUAGGUGUCCACUGUAUUAAGUCCCAACAAGGAGGUAUUCCUCAUCCCAGUCCCCACAACUAACCCCUAGUAUUUAGAGCUGCCAUCGAUGUUUGUAUUGUACUUAAGUUCCGAACAUUAGUGUGUAAUGAAACAUUUUUAAAAUAAAUUAGCGCUUGAAUAUA